GCUAUCCAGCCUCUCUCGCUCUGGUGCUCUCCCUCUCUCUCUCCCUUUCUCUCUCGCUCUCCAAUCUCUCCCUCGCUUUCUCUCUGUGUCUUGCCAUAGAGGGCUUUCCAAGCACUUCCCCGGCAGUGUGAUCUGUGCUUGCAGGCUGCUAGUUUGUGCUGGGGAGAGCACACAGCCCAUGAGCUCUAUAUGGAUGCUGUUGCUACUCUGAUUCUCUGGAAACAAAACAGAAGAUGUCCAGCACUCAGCAUGACCCUUUCUAUUCUUCUCCCUUUGGUCCUUUCUACAGAAGGCAUACUCCAUACAUGGUGCAGCCAGAGUAUCGCGUCUAUGAGCUGAACAAGAGACUGCAGUCUCGCACAGAGGACAGUGACAAUCUUUGGUGGGAUGCCUUUACUACAGAAUUUUUUGAAGAUGAUGCAACGUUAACACUGUCAUUUUGUUUAGAAGAUGGACCAAAGAGAUACACAAUUGGAAGGACUCUUAUUCCUCGAUACUUUAGCACAGUGUUUGAAGGGGGUGUCACUGAUCUCUAUUACAUUCUCAAGCACUCCAAAGAAUCAUACCACAACUCAUCCAUCACCGUGGACUGUGAUCAAUGUACCAUGGUCACUCAGCAUGGGAAACCCAUGUUCACCAAGGUAUGCACUGAAGGUCGCCUCAUCCUGGAGUUCACAUUUGAUGAUCUCAUGAGAAUCAAGACAUGGCACUUUACCAUUAGACAAUACAGAGAAUUAGUACCUCGCAGCAUACUAGCCAUGCAUGCUCCAGACCCCCAGGUGCUAGAGCAGCUCUCCAAAAAUAUCACUAGGAUGGGUUUAACCAACUUCACCCUCAACUACCUCAGGUUGUGUGUAAUACUGGAGCCAAUGCAAGAACUAAUGUCAAGACAUAAAACAUAUAACCUAAGUCCACGGGACUGUCUGAAGACCUGUUUGUUUCAAAAAUGGCAGCGAAUGGUUGCACCACCAGCAGAACCUACAAGACAGACAACCACCAAGAGGCGGAAAAGGAAAAAUUCCACCAGCAGUACAGCAAACAACACAAACAGCACAUACAGUAAGAAAAAAGCACCAGCUACGUGUCUCAACUUAUCCAGUCAAGUACCUCUCAUCUCUACAAAAAAAUGCAUAGGCGAUAAGACAAGAGUCAGGAGGAAUUAUCGUGGAAUACGGAACGGUUUGGAUGUGAUGGUGGUAGGAGAACCAACUUUGAUGGGAGGCGAAUUUGGAGAUGAAGAUGAAAGGCUUAUCACUAGACUAGAAAACACACAGUAUGAUGCAGCUAAUGGAAUGGAUGACGAAGAAGAUUUCAACAACUCACCUGCACUCGGAAACAAUAGUCCAUGGAACAGCAAAUCGGCCACUGCCCAGGACACCAAACCAGAAAACCCAACUCAACAGGCUUCCCAAUAGGUCGAAAUCGACCAGAGAACUUGAUAAGGCAUAAGAUGUUGAGUUACAGAUUAUGGCAUUGUUACUUUAUGGCAGUACAAUUAUACAAGAGUGUCAUCAUAUCGACCAAGGCAUUCAGACAGACAACUGUUUCCUAAUGGUAUUUGGUAACAUAUUUUUCACUAACUGUACAAGUUUCCUCAUGAAUUACUCUGCAGCUUGUGAUACGUUAUUAACCACAGUAUACAUUGGUUUCAUUGAUAGAUCCUAGAGAUCCAUGGGAACAAAUAAUGUCACUAUAAAGCUACAAUUCCCCCAAAAAAGUAAUACAAAAUAACAUUUUUAAUUUCACAUGAAUUGCUUUGAAUUGCCACCAAUAAUUGGAAAUCAUGUUUAUUCUUAAAUAAGUCUUCGAACUGUAUGGUGUACAUAGGAAAUACAAAGAAGAACACAAGGUUCACCUAUCAGAGGUUUGCUGAUAACAUGCCGAUAUUGACGUGAGGACGGUCAGUCAUGUGGCUUCCCUCAGAGGACAAGUAGAGGAACUCUAUGAUUGCUUCCACUAGUACAGGGUUUCUCAAUUCCGGUCCUCGGGACCCACCUACCAAGACAUGACUGGAUGUGGGUCCCGAGGACCGGAGUUGAGAAACCCUGUGCUAGUAGGUAAUGAUAAUUCCCAUUCUUUUCAAUAAAGAGAAAACCAUGUCUUGAGGAUCAGCCUGGCCCACUAGGGCAAAUAAAAGCAUACAUAUAAUAAACAUCAGAGUACCCCUAAGUAAAUUGUCAUAGACUGUUUUACAUCAAAAGUAUAGCAUAUCUAAUGUGUGAGUAUGUGAGGGCCUUCCACAGACAGAUUUUUUUUUUUACACAACUAUUAUGACAAAAAUGUCACAAAGUAUCUCACACGCCAUAUUUGCCCUAUAGUUUUUCCAACCUGGUUAGAACAGUAGGUGGCGCUUAACUGGAGGGGGUGGAGGCUCUGCAGGUCGACAGAUUCACUAUAAUUUACACCAGAAUCUGGUGUCAUUAUAGAUUAAACCUACGCCAGGUCAAAGCUGGCAUAAAAUAGAUUUUUUUGCCGCUUGGACUGAUAAAUUCAUUAACA